AUGGCAUAUCAGUUUUUCGCGAAUUCUGCGAGGUCGCAGCAGUCACAACAGGCAUCAUCACCUCCACCUCUUCACCAAUCUCGUUCCAAUAACCCGCCUAACCGCGUACCUCCUCUCCAACCGCCAGCUGUCGCAAAGACCACCUCAUCCAAUGUCAGCCAGAACUCAUUUACACCAUACCCCCAUGACAUCUCGUCAGGCUACGCGACUCCACAUCCAAAAAUAUCAGUCGAAACAGUGAAAACUGCCCACAUUCCCUCGUUGACGCGCAUAACUGGUGUACUCUUGCCGAUUCGCUAUCCAAACUCGUUCUAUACGGCUACCAUCACCGAUCCAGUCAUCGCGUCUCUUUCACGCGUCGCAAUAUAUCAUGAGCACCAUAUAUCGGGAGGCAUUGAUCCCGAGGCAUCAGCCGGUACAGAUAAAGUGAUUGGAGCUAUUCGAUGUCGACUAGAAAAACAAGAUCCCACGCGUGUGGUACGCGGCAAAGAAGCUACGAACUUGUAUAUUCAAACUCUGCAUCUCCUUUCGCCCUAUCGUGGCAGCGGUGUUGCGACCUCAUUACUAAACUCUCUACUAUUCGAACCGUCGGGUAAUCAAAAACCCACUUCGGUCUCUGGACUAGUGAGACACUUCAACAUCCGCUCCGUGACAGCUCACGUUCACGAGGCGAAUGAAGAUGCGCUGAAUUGGUAUAUCGCACGAGGAUUCAAGAUACAAGAUGGCGUUGUUGAAGGUUAUUAUCGACGCUUGAAGCCUUCAGGUGCCCGGAUUGUGCGAUUAGAUGUUGAUUGGCACGAUGAGAAUAGUGGCGAAGAAGAUCAGCCACAGUUACCUCCUCAGGUCGAAGCCAGCCUCCAAGAAUCCCCAUCCGAUGAUGCAGACGAUGAGGACUGGGAAAAGGUGGAAGCGGAAGAUGAAGAGGAAGGCGAUCUUGGAGUGCAAACCUUGAGUGAUUCUCGAGUACUGGAGAAGGAUGAGACACCAUCCAGGAAACGGAAAGCCGAGGAUGCCAAAGGCAAUAACCCACAACGACGGUAA